ACAUCAAAACCUUGCCUAAUAUCCACAAAUAUUUUCAUCAAACCAUGUCCAUCUUUUCUUCAAAUUUAUAAGCCAUGUUACUUUCCUAUAACUUUAUGUAGUCUUUUCAUUUUCUGAAGAGACUCUUCACUCUCUUCAAACACACUUUGUCUACAAUCAUCUUAUAUUACACCAAAGCACCACCUAUAUACAUACACAAUUAAUUAAACCCUCUUACUCAUAAUUCAAAUUAUGUAGUGUGGUCACAUUCUAGAUCAUAAUAACUCAUAAAACAUUAUUUGUUUUAUAACUUUAAUUACUCACAUGUAUGAUUUAUACAAAACGAUUUCUUUGUCCUCCAAUAUAUGUGUUAUCUCUCUCUCUCUCUGUCUCUCUUUUCUCCCUUGUAGUUUCUUCUUGACACUCUUACACCAAUGCUAACAACCCACAUCUACAAAUUUUCACGUGGAAUUGUUGAAAUGAUGACAAUGACAAUGACAAUGUUUAGUGUUAGUGUUGUUGUCUACUCAAGGCUAUUAUUACUUGGUGUCUUCUCCCUUGAGAUUAUAUAUAACUAUAUUAUUUUGUUACUAAACCUCUUAGUUCUAUUAUCUACAUUAUUCUACAAUCAUAAUUGUGUGAUAUAGUCACUAAAAGUCUAAAACUAUGUACAAGGGGAGAUUUUGCACUUCAGGUGAGAUUAAGGCUCCCCUUGGAUAUGCUGAAACUGACCCAACUGGUCGAUACGGUCGAUUCAAGGACAUUCUUGGCAGGGGAGCUAUGAAAACUGUAUACAGAGCAUUUGAUGAGUUCCUUGGGAUUGAAGUGGCUUGGAACCAAGUCAAACUUGGUGAUGUUUCUCAUUCACCGGAUCAACUUCAACGCCUUUAUUCCGAAGUUCAUCUUCUUAAGAACCUCAACCAUAAGUCCAUGAUGAUCUUCUAUGGUUCUUGGAUCGAUAUCAAUGGAAAAACCUUCAACUUCAUCACUGAAUUGUUCACCUCCGGCACUCUUAGAGAAUAUAGGCAAAGGUAUAACAAAGUAGAUAUUCGAGCAUUGAAGAAUUGGGCGCGCCAGAUUCUAAGUGGUUUGGAGUAUUUACAUAACAAUAAUCCUCCCGUGAUACAUCGAGACCUCAAAUGUGAUAAUAUAUUUGUCAAUGGCCAUAAAGGAGAGGUCAAGAUUGGUGACUUAGGUCUUGCAGCUAUACUUUCUAGAUCCCAAGUUGCUCAAAGUGUCAUAGGUACUCCGGAGUUCAUGGCACCAGAACUAUACGAAGAGAAAUACAAUGAACUUGUAGAUAUAUAUUCUUUUGGGAUGUGUAUGAUAGAGAUGUUUACACUUGAUUUUCCAUACAGCGAGUGCUCAAAUCCAGCUCAAAUAUACAAGAAAGUAACCGCGGGGAAGCUACCAAAUGCAUUUUUCAGAAUCAAAGAUUUAGAAGCACAAAGGUUUGUGGGAAGAUGUUUAUCACAUGUCUCAAAGAGACCAUCAGCAAAAGAACUAUUGUUGGACCCAUUUUUUGCCAAGGAACAACUUGAAUUGUCAUUGCCAAGCACAACAUUAUCUACAAAUCAAACAUUUAAGCAUCUUUCUAUAGGUGAUCGAACAAGUAGAAAUAUGACAAUCACUGGGUCCAUAAAUGAAGAGGAUAACACAAUUUUCCUUAAAGUGCGGAUAUGUGAUGAAAUAGGGCAAACAAGGCAUAUAUUCUUUCCAUUUGACACAAAAAAUGACACUGCUAUUAAGGUGGCAAUGGAGAUGGUAGAAGAACUUGAAAUUAGUCACUUGGAUCCAUUAGAGAUAGCUGCAAUGAUAGAUAAUGAGAUAUCAACAUUAUUUCCAACUUGGAUGGAUACUCAUGGUAAGUGUGAGAAUCAACUACAACAUAGCUUUAACUAUGAAGAAGAUGAUGAUGAUGAUGAUGUUAAUAACCAAAAUCCUUUUGUCUUGUCAUCAUCUUGUCCUUCUUCACCUCAUGAUUCUCUCACCAAGUCUAUCUCUAAGACCCACUUUUGUGGGAAGCAUGGCAUGUUUCCUCAAGAAUGGAAUCAAGAUCUAUUUAUUAAUGAUGAUGGAAGCUCUCCAAGCUCAAUGAAUUCCUACAAGUGUUCAAAUAUCCAAUAUCAUGAAGAUGAGCAUUGUCCAACAAUAGUUGAAGAAGCCAUAUUCAAGCAUAACAAUCAAAAUUGCACAAGAUCAUGCCAAAUAGAAGAGGGAAAAACAAGUAAUUUCACUAAACAAUUUUUGUACCCGAAAAUGGACUCCUGUGGUGGUUGUAGAUGUGGUGGUGGGCAUGGGUCGAGCCACCACAAAUUGUCGAGGAUAACAAAGAAUCGUUUAAACAUCGACGAACAUAGGAGCUUGCAACUUCAACGAUCACAAUUAUUGGAGGUGUACAAGAGACGGAUGAUCAACACAAUUGCCACCAUGGAGGGAAUUGGAUUUCAAUAUCCGGAUGGACGUCGUACACGUUGAAAAUUUAUACAAUAUUGAAAUUUGGAAGGAAAAAAAAGUUGGUUUUUAUGUGUUUGUUGUUGUCUUGAAUUGCUUCGCUUUAUGAUGUGUGAAAGUAUUUAUUAGAAAAGUAAUAAAAUUAAGCAUUUUUACCAUUUGAUGAGAUGUAUUGAACGCUGUGAUUAAAAUUUAAAAUGCAAUAGUGAUUUCUACUUAUAUCUCAUAUGAAA